AUGGACCGCCCGGGGGACUCCCAAAACCCAACACGAACCGACCAACAAGAAAGUAGUCCUGUCAAGGUGGUGCCUCCGAGUUACAGAAGUCUAUAUUUGAUCUGCUACAAUGCGAUAUCCGCUCUGCUCUGGGCUGUAGUGCUUGGAAGAGUCGUUCUUAUAGCUGGCAUCCAUGGGCCGAAGUAUGUCUUCGCGGGUGUUGGGGAAUGGACAAAGUGGACACAGACAUUGGCGGCACUAGAGAUUGCGCACGCUGGGAUAGGCCUUGUGCGAGCACCUUUGCUCACAACUCUGAUGCAAGUCGCCUCCCGAUUUCUCCUGGUCUGGCUGAUUGCCUUCAACUUCCCAUCGACCGUUUCUGCUUCUCCAGCCUACACGACUAUGCUUCUGGCUUGGUCCAUCACAGAAGUCAUCCGUUACUCCUACUUCGCCGUCAACUUAGCUUAUGGGGGCGUUCCAGCUUUCAUGACCUGGUUGAGGUAUAACACCUUCUUCGUACUGUACCCUAUGGGCAUCUCGAGUGCGUAUGUGCUCUUCACUCAUAUGAUGGUGCAGCGGCAGAAGGUCAUGCGGAAUAUCAAAGCGAAGAAGAGUGUCUGA